AUUGUCAUUAUACAGGAUGUACAAUGAGAUUGGAGAUCUUGGAGAUUUGUCUGUGAAGAAAGCUGACACUAGACAUAGUUACUGUGAGACGAACGAAAAAAUGACAUUUGAACCUUUGAGAAAGAUUGAACUUGACAACAAAAUGCCCAGUUUGUCCAAGAUAGAAAUGGAAAAGAUCCCAGUAGAUGAAUGUGGUGAAAUGAUGCGUAGUCAUCUAGACAUGCCUUUGGUCACUUUUCCACUUAUUGACAAAAUCCUAAACAAGUGGAUACAAAAUGUAUCAGAUGACCAAUUGUUGGGUUUAACCCGUGGUGACACUGCCAUAGAUACGCUUGCCCUGGUGUCCGACAUGUCCCAGGCACUUAUUGAAGAAAUUGGCAUCUUUUUACUGGAGGACUUCAAAAUCCAGAUUUCAGCCAACCCACAUGAGCAUGUUCCCUCGGACAACAAAAACACCUCUGCUGACACGUCUAAGCUAAUGAAUACUCAAACUCUGACUGAGGGAUGCAGUUACUGCAGGGUGACGCAGGAUGAUGUUCAGUCCAGCUUUGGAGACCUUUUUGAUACAUGUUUUGGUAAGUUCCUGGAAACUGUACAAAGGCGGUCCCACGACUCAGUCAGGCUUAGUACUUUACUUUCAGUGGAGAUCGCAAAGAACGUGAACUUAGCCCUGAGUCAUAGUACAGCGGAGACAUCUGUGCGACGGCGUAGAUCCACACCAGAAUCAGAGUUGAAAGAAAUAGCUCUUCACGUGAUCAACAUUUUACACAUAUGCAUGAACACCACGUGUGCUCCACUUUGCACUCAGAGCAUCCAGAGUAGUGAUGCAGAGAGUUCUGGCUGCUCAAGCUUAGAGGAACACAUUCAACCAAACCCUUCAGAAGGCUGCAGAGUGAUUCGGCCUCUGCCAAGGAAUAAGAAUCCUGGCUCCCCAAACUUUGAAGAAGUUGAAGAUGAAGAUGUUCAAGAAGGCCCCUGCAGAAAGACCCUUACUCCUUCUCCAUGUGUGGUUAGACGAGACGUGGGUAGCAAUGGCAAGAGUCCUGACUUUCGAAUUACUGAGGCUAAAAAUCUUGAGCAGCACCGUGUGGAGAGCUUUGAAACAACUCACUCCACAAAGCAGAGUACUGAGUCCUUAUCACAUUCAACUGAAUGUCCACAUCCACAGCUUCCUAAGUGUUCAAUUGAUGAGAUCUUUCUCAGGGCCUGUCUUGCAAAGUUAAUUGAUCACAUUGCUGAGAAAACCCAUACAUCAUUUGCAAACGUGGAUUUCCAUCAGAUAGUGACUCGUGUGACAGAGAGGCUUGUGGGAGAAGAGCGUUACACUACACCACAAAAUGUUAAAAACUUCCACAUCACCAUCUACAAAGAACUGUGUCGCAAAUUUAGAUCCAAAUAUGUGCUCCAGGUUCUGAUGGAAACGUGUGAUCCGGCUUUUGUAGCUGCCUUAGUGGUGACGUUAAACGGACAGCUUAAAAAAUUAAUGAAAAAAAACAAACAUUUUUAAGAAGAUCUGGAGAAAAUUUACAAGGAACAAGGUUUCUCGUGAUUGUGAGAUUAACAGAGAAGAGUCUCACAGUGAAGAAAAUGAAAAGAACAGACAGCGCAAGCGGUACCGAGAGGGCCUGCUCUUCCAUAUUUAGUACAGGGUUUAUACAGGAAUCCUAGAGUUAAAUUUACUACC